GUAGGCCGCGGACAGCCGUGCGUGGCGCACACAGAGCAUUGUUGCGUGGUCGCUGCUUCUGCGGGCUUUGAUGUGGCGUGCAGGUGCGAAGCAGAACUAUGUGUAACGGCAACGAAGCAGUACCGUCCGAAGUCAAGGGUCAGGCCGCGGAAGGCGGCCUGGGAGGGGCCGAGGCGGGAGAGGGAGGCAUGGCGACCUGCCACCCGGGCGGGAGGCGCUGCGCUGCCGCCGCCAGGAAGGUGCUGAGGAGACUGACAGUCGCCAUGCUGCUCGCGGCGCUGGUGGGAGGCCUGGGAGCCCUCGUGUGGCACUUCAUGGGCUGGAUGUUCCUGCUGCAGCUCGUGCUGGUGGCGCUGGUCGCGUACGUCGCCGCCAGCGGCAGCUACCGCUGGUUCUACGUCGCGCUCCGCACCUUGCCCAGAGACGCCACGGCGCUGAGCAAGUACGCGGCGCUGCUGUGGCAGGUGCGCUCCUACGAGAAGAAGGACCUCACCAUCGCCGACAUCUUCCGCCAGCGAGUGGCGCGCCACCCCAACAAGGCGUGCUUCAUCUUCGAGGACGCCGAGUGGACCUUCAGCCAGGUGGAGGAGUACAGCAACAAGGCGGCCAACGUGUUCAAGAGCCAGGGCUACCGCAAGGGCGACGUGGUGGCGCUGAUGCUGGAGAGCCGGCCCGAGUUCGUGUGCCUGUGGCUGGGGCUGUCCAAGCUGGGCGUGGUGGUGCCGCUCAUCAACCACAACCUGCGGCUGCGCCCGCUGCUGCACUCCGUGUCCGUGGCGCACGCGCGCGCCCUCAUCUUCGGCGCCGACCUCGCCGAAGCCGUGAAGGACGUGACCCCGAGCCUGCCCGCCGGCCUGGCGCUGUACCGCUGGAGCGCCGGCCCCGGCCCCGCCGACGAGGCGGGCUCCCUGGGGCAGGACCUCGCCGCGCUGCUGCACGAGGCGCCCGCGGCGCCGCCCGUCGUCGACGAGAAGGUCGGCUACCACGACCGCCUCAUGUACAUCUACACGUCGGGCACCACGGGGCUGCCCAAGGCCGCCGUCAUCACCAACGCCCGCUGUUGCUUUAUGGCCCUCGGCAUAACCCACAUGCAGCGGCUGAGGCACAGCGACGUGGUGUACGUGCCUCUGCCCUUGUACCACUCGGCCGGCGGGAUCCUGGGCUCGGGCCAGGCGUUCGUCAGCGGACUCACCGUCGUCAUCCGGGGCAGGUUCUCCGCCUCCGGCUACUUCCCGGAUUGCAUCCGGUACCGGUGCACGGUCGCCCAGUACAUCGGCGAGAUGUGCCGCUACAUCCUGGCCGUGCCGCCGCGCCCCGAGGACCGCCAGCACCGGCUGCGCAUGGUGUUUGGCAACGGCCUGCGCCCGGAGAUCUGGUCCAAGUUCGUGCAGCGAUUCAACAUCCCGCGUGUGGGCGAGUUCUACGGGGCGACGGAGGGCAACGCCAACAUCACAAACGUCGACAACAAAGUUGGUGCCAUAGGCUUCAUUUCUCGCAUCUUUCCAUCAGUUUAUCCUAUUUCCAUCAUCCGUGUCGACCCUGAUUCGGGCGAACCAAUCAGAAACGAGAAAGGCCUGUGCACUGUCUGCAAGCCAGGCGAACCUGGAGUGUUUGUUGGUAAAAUCCAGCCCAACAACCCAUCAAGAGCUUUCCUAGGCUACGUGGAUGAAAAGGAAUCUCAGAAGAAAGUAGUUUACGAUGUUUUCAACAAAGGAGACUCUGCAUUUAUUUCAGGGGACAUCCUGGUGUCGGACGAGCUGGGGUACCUGUACUUCAAGGACCGGACAGGCGACACCUUCCGCUGGAAGGGCGAGAACGUGUCUACCUCGGAGGUGGAGGCAGUCGUGAGCGGCCUGGUGGAGUACCGAGACACCGUGGUCUACGGCGUCCAGGUGGGCGGCCUGGAGGGGCGGGCCGGCAUGGCUGCCAUCCUCGACCACAACGACUCCCUCGACCUGAGGUCCCUCGCGGAGGGCGUGAAGCGCUCCCUCCCCGGCUACGCCCGCCCUCUCUUCCUCCGGGCGCUGCACAAGGUCGACAUGACGGGGACGUACAAGCUGAAGAAGAAGGACCUGCAGGAGGAAGGCUUCAACCCCGCGGUGAUCAAGGACAAGCUGUACUACAUGAGUGCCGCGGGGCAGUACGAGCCCCUCUCCGAGGACGUGUACAGGGACAUAGAGAGCGGCAGGCUGCGGCUGUGAGGGGGUCACGCUUCCGCCCGCGUCUCUCGCGGCGUCGCUCAGCUACCCCCGCGUGCCUGCUCCGUUCCGGAGUUCACACUUCCGGGCUUGCCAACCGUUCCUCGCUUCGAGGUGAAUACUCUCCCGUCUCGAGGAAGACUUGCCAGGGAGUUACGGAACAUUACCAGCGGUUCGUGGGAAUAUUGCACGUAAAUCGGCAGCAGAUCAAACUUUACACUCCUCUGUGCACACAACAUGUAGUAAUUUGUCGAUGGGAAUGGUUUUUUGUUUGAAACUUGUUUCCUUGAAAAGUGUACAAAGUGAAGUAAGACAGCCUGGGUGGAAGACGACUUAAAAGUAUAUUGUCUUCUGGUCUUGCCAAACUGUCUACAGUUCAUAAAUGUAUGUUAUUGACCCACUGCCUACCUUGUUAACUAUCUAAACCACAAACUAUGGUCCACACUGAUUAGACUUUAUUAAAACCAUUUUGGUUGUGAUGCGUUCUCUUAUUGUAUGAACACUUGAAUUUCAAAUGCUUCUGUGAUUUGAAUUUAAAUGUGUUUUGAUUUUUCUGCUUUCAAGGUUUUGAUUCAAGAAAAUUGGGAUUUGACCCAUCACUGGUUUUAAUACUUGGAUUUGGGUUAGUGUCUACUUUAUAUGAUAAACAUAAUCUAUAUUAGAUGACCAAAAUUCAAAUUUUUAAACUUAAGUUUUCGACAGAAGUACAUGUAAGAAACAGCAAUUGGAUUGUUUCUGAACUAUUUGUUUCUUGAAAUUCUGUGCUGUGGUGAAGUUUGAAGCUGUCCAUCAUACUGUUGACUAUGUGAUUGGGCACCAUAUGAUACAAUCAGGAGCUAGCAUGUACAGAGGUGGGUUCAGUGGGAGGAAAGAGCAUGGGUGGAAGAUCAAAAGGGAUUGUAGGUGAACAGAAAGAGGGAAGCACUCACUCAUGGUGAGGACGGGACGGGAGAUGAGUGGGGUCGAGGGGAGAGGUUAUUGGCUGUGACGGGUGGGAAGGGCUUACGGAAGAAGCUUCAGGAAAUGGGAGAGAAAAUUAGGCGGGAGAACUCCUUGCCACUAAGCGAAAGCCCGAUUGCAAGCAUAUUCUUUUAUUGAAGUUAGGGGAAAUAUCAAUAUGUAUUUUCCAUGCUGUGCCUGUGUAGAUACACUUAAAAAACUUUUUUUUUUAAUUUAUGUUGUUUGUUCUAUAUUCAUAAAUUUGCUCAAAAAACUAUGAAGUGCUGAUAUAAAUGUUUGGUGUAUAGUUCCAAAAUAAAUCUCUCUUGAAAUAACAUCCUGGUUACGCACAUGUUUACGCACAUGGUAUGUAUUAUGGCAGUAUGUGGACAUUACGCUGUCAUGAUCUCCAUCUUUGAAAACUUUUAAAGGGUGGAAGUAACGAAUGCAAAGCAGCCUUGAAUACAGGACAUGCUCCAGUGUAAGAAAUGUAACAGCUUUACAGGCUAGAAGUAGUACCUAAGUCAGUGAUUAUGUCAUUUGUAAGCUUUAAAGUUGACAAUGCAAAAUGCACAUGUGUGUGUUCUUGUUAGCAAAUAUAUCUGAUGGAUAAGGUCUGUGCGAUAGUAAGACAUGAAGUGUUAAAUGUAAAAUGAAUUGUAUGUGUACAUGUGAUAUUUUAAUAAAUAUUUUAUAGUGAAA